UCGUGUUUUUUACCGUUGUACAUAAAAAUUUACAUAGGGCUUUAGUACCCAAUUGAAGCUUAAUUUUAGGACCCAAUUAUUUUUUUACGUCCGUGAGUUUCCAAACGAACGCACCAAUAUGUCAAUAUAUUAUUCUGACGGGGAGCUGACCUGACAGGUAUAUGUUUUGACGUUUAAGUUCACCAUCACGCAAAUGUCAUUUUUAUGCAAAGUAGGUGAUUUCUACGUUUUCAAAAUUAAAAGAUCAAACGAAAUAUUAUUGAAUCGCGACUUCACAGUUAAUCAUCACUAUGGGACGAAAUUCGCGCAACAGUUCGUUGUUUUUUAAAUGCAAAAAUGUUCCCUACAGUUCGAGGCCGCGUCAUCGUGUACAGAACGCUCCAUCAGGCCAAAACGAUACUCGGGAUGUUAGUUCAAUGAGGGCAGCUUUGAAUGAAGAGGUUUCUCGUCAUCCACAUGCAGCAGGUGUGAACUUAAUUGGUGUACCUUCAUCAUUACGGAUGGAACAAAGUUCGCCGACAACAGAGCACCCACUCCCGCAUCAUGACAGUGCAACGGAAAUUAACAGUAUUGGUGCUCAUGGCGAAUCUAUAGUCGAUCCUGGUGUACUGACUACGUGCGAGGAGGUAAACAAGGAUCAAAUAUUUAAAAAAAAAAACUUCUCAAAAUUGCCUCAAUUUACCUUUCAGACCCAACAAGUACCAAUGGAAGAAGAUAAUGAACAAGCCAUUACAACGAAGACCUGGGAAGAUUUGGGGAACGGAAACAGAUCAGAGACAUUUUUGUUUGAUUUGUCGGACACCGAGCUCAUGGACGAAGAUUCCGAUGUUGAUUUAUCCGAGGACGAAAGCUCUACUCUAAACGAUAGUCAAAGUUUUGAAGAGUCUUUUGACGAUGAGGAAGCUGACGAAAUACCAGCGAAAAAAGACGAAGAACCGUUACAUCCGUCCCUGCCACUUUCAAAACAAGAUGUAUUGCAAUUAGUCCUAAUCUAUUUUAUGCGACAUAAACUAACCAACGUGGCGUUGUGCGAUUUACUUGCCAUGAUCAACGUAAUCAUAGGAAAAAAAAGUUUGCCGGAAAAUUACGAAACAUUCAGCAAUUAUUUUUCUUUUGAUAAAUACCAAAGACAGUUUAUCUGUUCUAGUUGCGGCUUAUACACUGGAGAGGAAAAGGGUGUUUGCACAAAUUGCUCGGGCACAAAGUUUUCGUUUUUUGUCGUUUUUGACAUCGCUGCAAACAUCGCCAAUAUUUUGAAAAGAAACUGGAGUUCCAUUGUAGAACAUAAACAAAAAAGCAAAUCUUCUCCCGUUGUCACUGACAUUGUAAAUGCUGCAAUGUAUAAACAUAAAACUUCUAAACAUAACAUAACUUUGUCGAUGAACACAGAUGGAGUAAAAGUAUUUAACUCGUCGAAACGUUCCCUUUGGCCGGUUAUGUUUCAAGUAAACGAUUUACCACCCAAAGUAAAAUUUUUAAGAAAAAAUAUCGUGGUUGCGGCCUUGUGGCUAGGAGAUCAUGAGCCACCGAUGGAUGCUUACCUCAAACCUGUCAUGGAGAUUUUGAAUACGUUGUUUACCGGAGGAUUAGACAUUGGAAUCGUGAAAAUUGAUAAAAUUGAGGUAAUAAUAUCAUUAGGAAAAAAACCUAAUUUGUCUUCAAUGUUGAAUUUAAAUUCAUUACCUGACUAUUUUCUUUUUGCUGUUUCCUUAGGUGACGGCAUGUCUCGCCGACACUUUGGGACGGUGUAAGAUACAAAACUUUAAACAAUUCAAUGGUUACGAAGCGUGCGGUUUCUGUUAUCACCCUGGCGAUUUGAAUGGCAGGCAGGUGCGUUAUGGAUACAGAACAACUGUUGUUAAACGGAAUCAUUACGACACAUUAAAAGCCAUGACUACCAGUGCAGCUACAAAUCAGUCUAUUAAAGGAGUAAAAGGGAUCUCACCAUUAAUUUAUCUCCCUAAUUUUGACUUAAUUAGAGGUUGUCCAAUAGAUUUCAUGCAUUGUGUUUUGCUAGGUGUUUGCAAGCAGCUUUGUAAAAUUUGGUUCGAGACUCCGCGGAGUACAUGUUAUGUUAAAAGUAAAAUCAGCUCAAUCGAUAGUUUCUUAAUGACAAUACUAGAUUUUAACGAAUCGUCCAGGAGGCCUAGAAAAAUAAGCGAUCGUGCAAGUUGGAAAGCCAACGAGUGGCUUCAUUGGCUGAUCCAUUACAGUGUCGUUCCGCUAAAGUUUAUUCUUCCUUCUCCGUUCUACAAACAUUUUCUGUUGUUGGUAAGAACAAUUUCAGAUCUGCUACAAAAUUCUAUUAGUGAAGAAACAUUCAACAUUUGUGAACAAAGAAUGCAGAAGUUUGUGGAAUCAUUUGAAAAUUUAUAUGGAUUACAAGAAAUGUUAUAUAAUGUUCACCUUUUGACACAUAUUGUUGAUUGUUCAAAAGACCACGGUCCACUGUGGGCAUUUUCUCUCUUACCAUUUGAGGAUAUGAAUGGAGUGUUUAAAAAAUUUAUCAAAGGGCCAAAGGAACCACUCAUUCAAAUAUCAAACCGUUGCUCAAUUCAGUCGUAUGUGCACAAUUCGUUAAUAGAAAGCUCGCCCAGUACAAUUGAUUAUCUAACUAAACUAAACUCGAUAAAAUACUGUGAAUCCAAAAAAACUGACUACACUUUCAAUUUAGAUAUCUCAAUUCCUAAUUUGUACUCUUCAAACAGACAAUUUACAGUUUUUUCUCGACUUAAGUUUUUAAAUUUUUUGUAUAAGCCUAUGAACUAUGACAGUAACGAUCAAAAACAUUCAAACAAAUCAAACAAUGACUGCUAUUUUAGCGUUGAAGAGGACGGUGAAUUCAUAUUUGGAGCAAUUCAAAAAAUUUUAUCUGAUGCAAAUGGAUUUUAUUUUUUAAUUAGUCCUUUAGAAAUAAAAGCUGUAAAUGAUUUAUUAUUAGAGGCACAAUUUGUAAAACAGAAGAAUGUACUCGUGAAGAUUAAUGAUACACUUACAAAAUAUUUAUUACUAGAAUUUAAGGGAAGAAUGUUUCUGCGAAAACUUAUGUAUACACUUCACGUUGACUGAAACUUAGAAAAUUAUAAAAUUGUGUAAUAAAAAUGUGUUAUUCCAACAGCAAGAAUAAAAAGGACAGUCACAAAACUGUUGAAGCUUUUUUUUGUAUUACGCUAAUUCGAAUGGAACUGCAUUUCAAUGAGCAAAUCUAAAUUCGCUUAUAAACGACUGACAGCUGUCAAUAGCUGGAAACCACGUGUUCGGAAAUUGUUGAACAAUGGGGUUGAAACGUCAACAUAAGUUUCACAACUGGUUUUGACGGUUGAGUGCUUUUUAAUUCGAAAACGUUUAAAAUAGCGAGCAUUCAGAUUAGCAUACAUUCGAAGUAGCGAAAUUCGAAUUAACGAAUCCGCUCUGUAUCACGAAAGCAUAUUUCCUUGCAAUGGCCACAUAUAAAAGCAGUUAAGUUAAAAAUAGUUCAUGCGCUAAACACUUAAACACAUUAACUUAACUGAAAAAAUGCAUCGAACUUUAAAAAACACAUUCUCAAGAUUGUAAUUUACAGUGUGUUUAAGAAAAGUUUACAUUUGAGAAAUAUAUAAAACCAUUAUAAGUUACUGUAACCAUAAAACAUAUAAACGUGACAGCAUUGUAAACAAAUAACAAUACCUUAAAAUUUGGUGUAACGAUGAAUUUUAUGGUACUUUUACCUUCAUUCUAUUAUACUUUCAAAAAAGUUGACAAUACA